CCGGCCGGCUACGCAGGGCUACCGGUGCUCCUGGCUGGCGCCGAGGUGAGGGCUUCCCGGGCUCUGCCCGGCGGGCAGCAAGGAGCGUCCCUCUCCCCUCCCUCCGAAGAUGGCGACCCACUUGCUCCCAUGCGUCGUGGACGGAGGCACAGGGUAUACAAAGCUGGGCUAUGCAGGGAAUACAGAACCACAAUUCAUUAUCCCAUCAUGCAUUGCAAUAAGAGAGUUGGCCAGAGUGGGCGAUCAGGCCCAGAGGAGGCUGACGCAGGGAGUGGAUGAUCUGGACUUUUUCAUAGGCGAUGAAGCCAUAGAUAAACCUACCUAUGCUACAAAGUGGCCUAUACGACAUGGCAUUAUAGAAGACUGGGAUCUUAUGGAAAAGUUCAUGGAGCAGGUUAUUUUUAAAUAUCUUCGAGCGGAACCAGAGGAUCACUACUUCUUAAUGACUGAGCCACCCUUGAACACACCUGAAAACAGAGAAUACCUUGCAGAAAUCAUGUUUGAAUCUUUUAAUAUACCAGGACUUUACAUUGCUGUUCAGGCGGUGUUAGCCUUAGCUGCAUCUUGGACUUCGCGGCAGAUUGGAGAACGUACCUUAACAGGGACCGUGAUUGACAGCGGGGAUGGUGUGACUCAUGUAAUUCCAGUGGCAGAAGGCUACGUAAUUGGCAGCUGCAUCAAACAUAUCCCGAUUGCAGGCCGAGAUAUUACCUAUUUCAUUCAGCAGCUUCUAAGGGAGAGGGAGGUGGGAAUCCCACCUGAACAAUCAUUGGAAACUGCUAAGGCCAUAAAGGAGAAGUACUGUUAUAUUUGCCCUGACAUAGUCAAAGAAUUCGCCAAGUAUGAUCUGGAUGCACGGAAGUGGAUCAAGCAAUACACAGGCAUCAAUGCAAUCAACAGAAAUAAAUUUAUUAUCGAUGUUGGCUAUGAAAGGUUCCUUGGUCCAGAAAUCUUCUUUCAUCCGGAGUUUGCCAAUCCAGACUUUAUGGAAUCCAUUUCUGAUAUUGUCGAUGAAGUUAUACAGAACUGUCCAAUUGAUGUUCGACGUCCCUUAUAUAAGAAUGUGGUUCUUUCAGGAGGAUCCACCAUGUUCAGGGAUUUUGGACGCCGGCUGCAGAGAGACUUGAAAAGAGUCGUGGAUGCUCGACUGAAAGUCAGCGAAGAGCUGAGUGGUGGCCGGAUAAAGCCCAAGCCGGUGGAAGUGCAAGUGAUAAGUCACCCCAUGCAGCGCUACGCAGUCUGGUUUGGAGGAUCCAUGCUCGCAUCCACACCAGAGUUUUUCCAAGUAUGUCACACCAAGAAAGAUUAUGAAGAAUAUGGUCCUAGCAUUUGCCGUCAUAACCCUGUCUUUGGAGUUAUGUCCUAGCACCUGUUGCGGGUAGACAUAUCUGCGCUGAAGUCUGUUGUGUCUGACGGAGCUCCUUUGGUUGUGGGAGAAGAGAAGAGCACUUGGUUUGAAAUGCUGAGCUGUGGUGUGUGUGCCCACUUGCUUUGACGGGGAGUGCUUUGGUCUUGUGGAAUGUAUUGGAACCAUGCCUUGCAAUGCAGCGGAUAACCCAGAACCAUUCUGGCCAAAAGCCACCUACGUGCCAACUCUGGGAGCCUCUCCUUUCCUCAAUGGCAGCUUCUAGCCAAUGGACAACCCUUCCAUCUUUGAAGACUGUGGAGUCUUGGGGAGAAAUAGAGGUUGGGAAUACAAGCCGACCCUGAGCUCAUUGUCAUGGUCCUUCUGGAAGUGGAAAGGGACACUUAGAGAUUUGUCUGUACGGGUAUCAACCAUGCAGCCUGUUCAGCAAGAGGGAGGCCCAGGUCUAGUAAACCAUCGCCUUUAGCUUCAUUGAACCUAAUGGUCUUCCUGGAACAUAUUAGAUUGUAAAAUUGCACAGGCCUUAGUUUGUAGAAAAAUGUAACGCUCUAACCAUGCAAUACAAAUGUUAUAUUUCAGAGAAUUUUGUAUUUUAUGAAUAUGAUUGCAGUGGGUUUUUUGGGUUGACUGUGAACAGGGAGUGAUGUUGUCAGAAUUGAUAGCAGGCUGAAACUAAAUCUACUGAAGACAGAGGUCCUGUGGGUGGGGCGGAGCAGGGGUUCCAACUACCAGUUUUGGAUGGUGGGGCUUUAACACCUUCCUCCUCAGCCAAAAGUCUGGGUGUAAUCCUGGAGUCCUUAUCUAUGGAGGCCCAGGUCACACAUACCCAUUGACUUUUUUUCCAUUUCUGCAAUGCUGAGCAGUUGGCCCUCUUAUCUGUCCCACACUGACCUUGCCACUGAUCCGUGUGACAGUCACCUCCAGGCUAGAUUACUGUGGGCGAUUCCGCACAUGAAUAAAAUAGGUUCGACCCAGUUCCCUGAGAAGGGUACUGACCUAGGUCGAAGCCAUUGCUGGUCCCCACUGCAACCAGC